UCCACAUGUACUGUUCUAUCGACCAAGGAAUCAAUCCACAUGUACUGUUCUAUUGAGGUAUAAAUGUGUUUUAGUUGUUUCAAAUCUUCAAGUUAAUUUUUCUGAAGUACAUAGUUCCAGUUGGUUGCUAGCCACUGGUUGACUAUGCGACUGGUGUGUCAGUUUUUAUUGUUAACAUACAGUUGGAGGUUUGGUAUAUAGUUUAGUGUCAUAGUUGUGAUCUUGAGAGCAAAAACCACUUGCUGAGUUCUUCUGGAUUUGUGAAACGAAGAUUCCCAGUGACUCUCGACUUGGUAAGUUACUUGCAAGUGUCAUUGUAGAAGUUCACAGUUCUUUAAAUUGCAGUUCUUGAUUCAUCCUCACCUUCGCAUGUAAGUUUUUUUGUGCUGCAGGUUUUCUCUAAUUAAUCUUUUCAGGGACCCUUUCUGGCUCAUUCGCUUGCAGAGUACACAAACUUGGGAAUACCGGCAGUGGACGAGGAUGGGUUAAGCAUCCUUGCGGAGGGAACUUUGGUUUUUAGAUGUGUUAAGCAUCAUUUUGGAGGGAUCUUUGGUUUUAUGAAGGCAACAGGAAAAAAGAUUUUGCUGGGAGAUCGAUGAAUCACGUUAGCAUGGAUGGAAACGGUAAGUGAAACAAAUGCUUGCAUUGUUGCUUCUGCCAAAGAGAAGGAUUAAUUCUGAUUUUUUUUCUCUUCCCCUUGUGUUUUAUUUGCUAUUGAUAUGAUUUGUUUUAGAGUUUCACAAGUUCCCCUGCUCCACCUCUUGCAGCAAUUGCUCAUUGUCCCCUCCUUCACAGGGCCUGGUCUUUUCCCUUUCUGCUCUUGUCAACACUUUUCCAUAUGUGCCUCACUUGUUAGUAUUUUAAUGGCUCUCACCCUUCACUAAAUGCUUGCUCAUGCACGUAAAGUGAGUUUGGUUUUCAAGAAAAUUAGAGUUACUAUGGGAAACACUAGGAGAAGACCACGUUGAGUACUUUUUGAGGGCUUGAUUCCCUAUUGAGGAGCUUGGAUUGAUGCAAAUUACCUUUUAGCUACUACCUAUUUAAGCAAUGGCUAAGAUCUAAACAAAUCUAUUAAGAAGAUUAAGGGUCCAAAAUUUCUUUGCCAGGUGACGCAUGGGAACUUUUUACAGAGUAUGGUGGAUAUUUAAUUCAAAACUUAACACACUUCUGCAUCUCCCUGUAUACUGCAUAGGAUACUACUUUUGAUGCAACUGACACAAAUAUGUCAUAUUUCCCUUCAGCACUUGUAUAGCGCCUUUUUGGAACCUUCAAUUUGACAGAUUAUGACAUGUCACACUUGUUUUUACAGGCUAAGGAACCCCUUUCAUUUGACGUGAUAAUUUUGCGGCAUCUCAAAUUUGUGAGUUCCUUAUAUCAUCCGCGUGACUCCUGUCACCUCCUAUAUUCAUAUCAAUGCUUUAUAGCCCUUCCCUGCAAUGUGCACCUCUGCCACCUUUUCUUGUCAUGAUUAGGCCUGCAACUUGGGCGGGCUAACCCAGCCCAGCCCAACCCCAACCCAUAAAUUUUGAAAUUUGGACAUACAAUUCACAAAUCGGGUUCAUGUUCGGGUUGGGUUUUGUCAAAACCCAGACACAUUCGGGUGGGCUCGGGCUCAACCCGAACCCAACCCAAUUUUCCUUUCUCUCUCCUCUCUCUUCUUUCUCUUACUCUCUCUGCUGCCGUCGCCGCCGAUCCGGGAUUAUCUAACUCCAAAAAAGAAACCCUCGGCCAUCAUUGUGCUCACUGUAACCUGAAGAGAAGCUCUCUCUUCUAAACGAAACCUCUGAAGAAGCCAUUUCUAUGAUGACUCAUAACAGGAUCUGUGAGGAUGUUCUGAACUUCUGGAUUCUGCAUUGCCUUGGCCUACAAAUCGGAACCCACAACCAUAUCUCAAGUAGGCUUCAAUCAAAGAGACGCAACAACCAACAAGAGUUCAAAGUGAUCAUACUGUCUCUCCUUCAGUUCAUCAGCGCUAAAAUCCCCACGACUUGCCUUGUUAAUUUGAUUAUAUAUAUAUAUUUUUAAUGAUAAUAUAAUCAAAUAUAUAUAUAUAUAUAUAAUAUAAUAUAUAUAAAUUUCAGGAAAAAAAAAAUUAUAUAAAAAAAAAAAACUCAACCCAUCAACCCGACCCAACCUGUCCGAAAAUAUUCGGUCCGGGUUAUGACCACAACCCAAGUUAACUACAAUUCGGGUUGGCCCAACCCAAUCCGAUUCGGGUUGAGGUUGGGUUGGGCCAACCCAACUUGCAGCCCUAGUCAUGAUUGCCCUAGUGCUAUCUGCAUACAUGUUGUCUUUGCUUUAGAUUCUUCAAGAGGGUUGUCACGUGAGAAUGACUACAAUAAACUCCUACCUAAACCCUGUGCAUCCAUGAGCAUUAUGCCAAAGGCUUUUGCCUUGCCCUUGGAGUUCUAUUCAGUGGCACCAACAGUUGGCUGGAACUGCCCAUCCUCACCUGACAGUAGACUUCCUUGCAUUGCACACCCCGUUUAUUGGCACUUGUUUCUUCUCUUUGGACAUCCUCAGACUCCUAGCUCCUCGGUGUACCCAAGCAUGCUCCCCUUCCAGCAUCAUUAGGAUCAUCCUCUUUUAUCACUUGACUUGAGGUUGAUUUCUUUUGCCAGAAAGAUUUUUCAUUUGAAAAUUUUGUUAGUUCGGGGAAAAUACUACCUUUACAAGCUAUUGAGCUGUUUUUUUUUUUUUUUUUCCCUUGCUACAUGAAGCAGAAAUUCAGCGGUUAAUUAUCUCCUGUCGUGGCCUUUGGAAAAGUUAAAGGUGCAUUUGUAGCAAAUUAUAAUACUCUUUAACAUAAGAUGAACAGGUGCUGGUAUAUUCUUUACCUUUGGGCAAGGUGGUAUAUUCUUUUCCCUUGGCAAAUUCUUUAAAUACUACAACUGAUUGGAUAAGAUCAGACAAGAUCCGUCCGAAUCCGAGCACUGGUCUAAUUGUGUAGUAGCUCUGCUGCUUAAAUUUGUUUUUCAUUUUCUCCUCCUACUUGUAGAAAUCAAAGGUAUAAAUUAUAUCUUGAAGUCAACUUACCUCCCAUAUGAUUAUAUAUUGCCUUUCAGAAUGACUGUCGAGAGGAUUCAAGUUCAAGCAUGGUACUGGUCUUUUAGAGGCUUUGUGUUAAAAUGGUGGACAAAGGAAAUCCCCUAGUAAAUUACCAGUGGACCAGAUUUCAUGAGUUUAUAAAGUUGCCCUGAUUUCCAAGGAUGGAAUGCUUGUGUUGUGGUGUCACUCAUAGAAAUCUUACAGUAGUAGAUAGCUGCUUCUUUUCCUAGGCCUCUUUUACACUUUGCUUAAAAUGCAAAAAAAGAAAAAGAGAAAAAAAAAAAAAAGAGCACUUCGAUCAAGCCAUAACUAAAAGUAAGGAUUAAUAAAUGAAAUUUAUGAUUUAAUGGUUGACAAGGACGGUUCUCUUGAUGUCACUAUAUAUAUAUAUAUAUAUAUAUAUAUAUAUAUAUAUAGUGUGCAUAACAUAAAUUUUUUUGUGAGAAUACUUCAGUUAUUAUGGUCUUAUCAAGUUUUAUUUUAUUUAAUAAAACUAGACUUCUUCAUCAAUGGACUUAAGUUCUAUCAGUUCCGUAUUAGUAUUGAAAUUCAAGUGCAUAUGGUAAAGAUAAAACUCGAACCAAUAGGACUUUUUUCAAUUCGUAUGGUAAGAUAAAUCAACUAAAACCAUUAAAAGUUUUUGUGACGUGUGUAUGAUGAAAAAAAUUCAUGUGAAUUUCAUUUUCCCUCGUUCUUCUUUUUAUUAUUAUUAUUAUUAUUAUUUUUUUUUUCUGAGUGGAUAAAUUUUAUCCUCUUCCAAAAUUACCUCCUCCGUCAUUCUAUAGAAGACGGUAUAUAGAAAAUGUGAUAUGGUUAACCUUCUAUUUAUUAGCUAGUGCUUUUGUUUUAAUUAGGUAUCGGUAAAUGGUAAUACAUUAUUAAUGAUUAAUGAUGAUAUGGAUGAGUUGAGCUCAUGGUGACAAGGACACGAGUGCACCCUCAUGGCUUUAAUCUCCUUUUGGAUGCAUACAAGGUAUGGAAGAAAAAGGAAAUUAUGGUGUCAUAAAUUUUCAGAUUACACUUUAUACUUGUUGCCAUGUGUAAGAACUUUUGCUUCUUUAUAAACGAUCCCUCUCUCAAUAGUCUUUUGGAUUCUCUCUCUCUAAUGGAGCAAAAGUCACAACCACCCAAGUGGGAAGGCAGAGUUUCCACAAGGCUAACAUAUGUUAGUGCAGACCAAAUAUGGCCUCUUCUCAAAGACUUCUUCAAUUUACACAAAUGGUUUCCCAGCUUAUCCACUUCUUAUGGUGUCCAUGGCACCAACGGCGAGCCUGGUUGUAUCCGGUAUUGUGCCGGCUCUUCAAUCCCGUCUAGCGGCGGUGAAAAAGAUGGUGACAAACCCGUUAGUUGGUGCACGGAGAGAUUGAUAGCCAUUGAUCCCAUUGACCGGAGUUUGAGUUAUGAGAUUGUGGAGUGCAAUAUAGGGUUCAAGUCAUACGUUUCUACGGUCAAGAUUGGUCCAGGAGGUGGUGAUGGUGGAGGGGGAUGUGUGAUGGAGUGGUGGUUUGAGGUGGAUCCGGUGGAAGGGUUGACACUGGAAGAUUUGACGAAGAAGUAUGAGGUGGGGCUGCAGCGCAUGGCUAAGAAAAUGGAGGAGGAUACCCUUGCAAGUUCAAAUGACAAAACAAACAGUUUGGUUGGCUAGUGGAACCGCGGCUGUUGUGUUCGUCAUUUUAUUUGGAAUCUCUGUUGUUUUAUUGUUUGCUCAUUUACUUUAUAUUAAAAAAACAAGAGAAAAUUUCUCUUGAGUAA